AUGUCUGAAAUGGCCGCUCCUGUUGGCAAGUGGGCCAACCCGGCCCUUCUCGAGGCCCUCGUGAUGGGAUUCUACGGAAUUGCCAAGGGCGAAGGUCUUUCAAAGGAGGCAAAGGACUCGAUCAUCGAAAAGGUUCAUCUUUGGGGCUUCACCGACAUUACCUGGGAGGGUAUUCGUUUCAAGGCCUCUUUCUCUUUUCCCGAUCGCUUCCUUCCCUUCUGUUCCGGCAUCUAG